AUGGUGGAGGACGAGAGGCCAGUGACGGAGGUUGUUUGGUACACUGUGCCCCUCCCUGGCGCGGCUGGCCAGCUGGGUGGCCUUCACUCCUUCCUAAUCAUCACGGUCACAUCUGAUGACGAACCAGCAAAGAGGUACGUGCUGGAGAAGGCCGGCUCGGCGGCCACGGCAGCCCACCAGGAGAACGGCAUUUUCGUUGGGAGCCAGCAUAUGGGCAGCAACUUGCUCAGCGUGGAAGGAGUUCGGACUUUCGGCAAGCAGCUGACUCUGGCAGAAGGAAAUUUGAAAAAGGGCCUCAAGAUGAGGGAGCUGCAUCAGGAAGCAGAUGGCACCGGGCUCUAUGACCUUUCCUCUUCGAACUGCCACCAUGCAGCCCUGCGAGUGUUCAACCACUGCUGUGCCAGAAAAGAGGACCGGAAGAGUCUGCCCCCAAACUUCUUGCUGGCGAAAUUUGUAGGGUCUAUGUCGUCUAUGUUUCAACUUGAUGACGUGUUCCAAUCCGGCCGCCUUCAGUCAGAUGUGGCGUCGGCGAAUUCGGAAUCGGCCCCAUCCGAGUCCUAUGUGGCAGACGCCUACGGGGCAGACGCCCCAACUGGUUUCACGGCACCCAUGGAUCUGUGUGCCGACAACCUCACAAAGAUGGCUGCAUUGCUGAGUUCUGCCGUGUAUUACAAGGAUCCGUCGAGUGCUGUACAGCCCCAGGGGGAAGCUGCUUCUGUCUCCAUCCAUAACACCUUGGAUAGAGCGGUCCGCGUGCACCUUGCUGACGCUGAGGUUAGCCACAUUUUUGAAGCAGACGAUAGUCUCAGCAUCCAAACGCACGGAAGAGGAAAGAUUCUUGUGAAUGUCUGCCCAAGAUGGAUUCCGGCACACAUUCACCGCCUGUGUCUCGCGUCGAAGCAACCUAUCUGGUCUGGUCACAUGUAUGAACUGGCCAAGGACUUCCGGGGCGAGACCGUGUUUAGAGAGGUGCUGCCUUUCGAAGUGAACGUCCUCCAUACCACGCACAAGACCAGCAGCAAGAGCCCAGUGAUGUGGCUCCUUGCACGCUCGGGCGCAGCGAUGUACCUCGCCUUCCGUGGGACAGCUGAUGUCCAAGAUGCUGCGAUUGACUUGAGCGCCGUGCCGGAUUAUGGCAAGUUCAAAGAGCAUGGAAUAGGUGUGCACGGCGGGAUGGCCCACACCCUCGAGCAGGAAGGAGAUGACAUCAACCAUGUGGUGAAGGACGUCUUGCAAGCGCUUGACAGACAUAGAGGCAUUGGGGAGCCUCUAGUGCUCUGUGGACACUCGCUUGGCGGAGGCUAUGCGCAAGUCAUGGCGGUGCAUUUGCUGAGCCGAGAUGUCCGAAUCUCCGCAGUCCGCACCUUCGGCUCGCCGCAUGUCCUGGUUCCAAUGUCCCCUCAGCCCGGGCAGUUGUGGCAGCGCUUGCACGCUAUCACGCUGCACUGGGUGCACGAUUGGGAUCCAGUCCCACGGCUUCCCCUUUGCAAGAGCUGGCUAGUGGAUGUUCUGCCAAGGCUCAAACAAGAAUUUGGCGGAACCGUCAGGGUCGGCAUGGCUAGCAACCUCAUCAAGCAGUUUCAAAACGACUAUGACGACCGCAGAGCACAUUUGUUGGAGAAGUACGACGUGGUGGGUGAGGUUCUUCUGGUCAGUUUGAACUCAGGCUUGGCUUGCCGUGGCAAAGAAGGUGCCGCGCCGUUGAAGGAACUUCUUGCGGAGAAGCCGCCUGAAGCAGUUAUGACAUUCAGCAGGCUCCCUGCCUACCACAGCAUGCGCGACUACCUCCAGAUUGCCCUGAAACUGUUGGCUGUGUAA